UUGACUUUCUGUCAACAGUGUCAACGUCAAAUCACAGAUGUUAUGUCAGGUGAUCCAGUCGUUUUACCAUUGGGCUUUGUAUAUUUUAGAAACGAACGAGUAACUCUUGUCUCGCUGGUUUUAAUUUUAUUUUUUAGCAUAAUAUGUUGAUAUUUAAGUGUGGCCUGAUAAUUUUAACAUCUACUUAUAUCGUGUCUUUGUGUUUCCAAGUUUCGCAAGAUACAAAUUCUUUGGAUACUGGCCUUGCUUUUUUGUUCAUAGCCAGCGGAGCAAUUGCUGGCAAAAUAUUGUAUGACAGAUACCAGCAAAUACAUAUACUUGGUUCAUUAACACCCAAUCCGAAUGUUACUUCAUUUGCAAAUAGGAUAGCUUCCUUUUCAGCCUCAUUUCUCUCACUGGGCUUCCUGGUAUACUUCUUCCUCUUCCUGUUUAAGGUGGAUAAUCAUUGCCUGACGGCAUUGAAUAUUUUUAUAUGUGGAUUUGGCACUUUAUACAUAUGGAUGCAGUGCAUCCUCACGACUUAUAUAUCGACUCUGUAUUAUGACAAAAGAUUAACGUUGUUUCGGCAAUGCCUUGCCAAUGUGAGUUUCCUUAUUUUGGUUUUAAUGGCAAUAUUCGGAACUGUAACAUCGUUUUUGCCAAUGAAUGGUUCCAGUGCGAUUUACUUCUGUUUCAUCGUGACUUCCCUAUGUAGCAACAUAUUAGCAGCAAUAUUUUGUGUCUUUAUAUUGACCUUUGAAAAAGAAUAUGAAUAUUUUUCUGAGGGUUUACGAUCAGAGCUUCUGCUCGACGAUGGCAGUACAUUGGACAACGCAUCAUUGUCAGAUAUGGAUAGCAUAUUUGGGGCCCAAGAAUCCACUUCAAGUACAAUCGUCAUAAAGGGUAACAUCACUUGCGCCAAGGUCUCCUGACCCGAGGCCGUGCCCGACGUGGGCACGGUACUUCAACAAACUGCUGUCGGCUCUCCUAUGUCGCCGACUUACGGCAGCUUUGGUAAUACUAAGAUUAAUAUUGAUACUAUUAAGAAGCUUAAUAAUAACAAUAACGAAAAUGAAGAUGUCGUUGAUGCUCUCGAAGAUAACGACAGCGGUAUGUCAUCCGAAGAAACCGACGAAUCUCUUAAACUUAAUUUAAGCCCUAACAAUAAUGAUAACGUAAGUAAAAAUAUAAGUUCAAUUGUAGACGAUAAACAAGAAGUAAUAACGAAGUGCCUAACUAUAGAACCUCAUUGUGCUGAGCACAGGAAUGAGAUUCCGAGUUGUUCGACCGAUGUUAAUCAAGUAAGUGUUUUUAUUGAAGACGAGAAAGCCAGGUCUCACCAGGCGGAGCCUAAAGAUCUGCAUGUUGAUAAAAGUGUUUCUGAAUAUAUUGUGAUAGAUCUGACAUGUGAUGUCGACAAUGUUCGGGCAUUGUCUAAAUCUAAAGGUAAAAAGAAGAAGGUUGUCGGUACAAAAAAACGUAACUUUGAUUGUGAUUAUUCAAGUAUACCUAGCGUAGAAUCUAGCCAAAGUUUAGUUCCUGUUGCGAACAACGAGAUUGUUAAUACCGAGAACCAGAAGUUGCUCAGCUUGUCUCUCUCAAUACUUCUCGCUGCCUUGCUGCAAGCGAUGCGCUGUUUCGCCCAGUUCUUAGAAGAUAUUGUGGUUCCUCAACGGUAAUAACUAAUUAGAUUGUGUUCCUUUGUAUUUUUGGUGCAGUAUUCACUAUUAUAUUAUUAUUAUUAUGAAAUAUCAAUGAUAUUAUAUUUAAU